AUGAUCAAAUAUGUGCUGCCUAACUAUGGAGACUUCGCAGCCAAGCAUCUUCUUCCUCAGCGAAACGGAAGCCCAGAGUCGGUCUCCUCCACGUCAGCCUCCGGCUCCACGCCGUCCUCCAACUCCACGACGUCCUCCACCUCCACGCCGUCCUCCACCCCGCCACCCCCACCACCGUUUGUUUGUCCACCAUGUGUUUGUCCACCACCAGUGUUUCCACCAAAUAACCCACCACCUGGGACUGCACCACCUGGGACUACACCACCCGAGAUUACGCCACCAGAAAUUCAACCACCCGAGAUUACACCACCAGAAAUUGAACCAGUAAUUCCACCACCCGGGAUUACACCACCAGAAACUGGACCAAUAACUCCAAUACCAGAGAUUCCACCACCUGAGAGUACGCCGCCACCAGAAAUUCAACCACCCGAGAUUACACCACCAGUAACUGAACCAAUAACUCCACCACCAGAAACUGGACCAAUAACUCCGCUACCAGAAAUUCCACUACCCGAAAUUACACCACCAGAAAUUCAACCACCCGAGAUUACACCACCAGAAACUGAACCAGUAACUCCACCAUCCGGGAUUACACCACCAGAAACUGGACCAAUAACUCCACUACCAGAGAUUCCACCACCUGAAAGUACGCCACCAGAAAUUCAACCACCCGAAAUUACACCACCAGAAACUGAACCAAUAACUCCACCACCAGAAACUGGACCAAUAAAUCCGCUACCAGAAAUUCCACCACCCGAGAUUACACCACCAGAAAUUCAACCCCCGAGAUUACACCACCAGUAA